AUGGAAUGGCGCCGGCAGCAGCUCAGGGCUCUCCUGGCCUUAAUGGAAGAAAACAAAGAUCUUUUUAUUGAAGCUCUGAGGAAUGACUUGUACAAGCAUCCCUUUGAGAGUCUUAUGAUGGAAAUUGACUUUGUUUGCAAUGAGAUUAUCAGUGCUCUUAAUAACUUAGCUUCAUGGAUGGCUCCUGAAAAGGUUAACAAAGGCCUUGUGAAUCUUGCUGACGACUGUUUCAUCAAGAAGGAACCCCUUGGUGUUGUCCUCAUCAUUUCGCCAUGGAACUAUCCUGUCCAGUUACUUUUCUCUCCUAUGGUUGGUGCUCUGGCAGCAGGGAAUUGCAUUGUACUGAAACCCUCUGAUUUGGCACCAAACACUUCUGAACUUAUAGAAACUCUUAUUCCCAAGUACAUGGAUUCAGAAUGUAUACGGGUCUAUCCUGGAGGUACAGAAGAGGCUUCAGAACUACUGGAGCAGAGAUUUGACCAUAUUUUCUUCACUGGAAAUCCCAACAAUGGCAGAGCUGUUAUGGCUGCAGCUGCUGCUAAUCUCACACCAGUUACAUUGGAACUUGGAGGGAAAUGUCCUGUUUAUGUUGAUAGUAACUGCAACUUGGAGGUUGUGGCACAACGAAUUAUCUGGGGUAAACUUCUGAAUGCUGGACAAAGUUGUGUGGCUCCAGACUAUGUCAUGUGUGGCUAUGACAUCCAGGAACAUCUGUUUGAGAAAAUGAAAAUUGCAGUCCAAAAGUUUUAUGGAGAUAGAACUGGAGAUUCUGAGUGUUAUGGUAGAAUUGUAAAUGAUCAACAUCACCAACGCCUAAAGUCUUUGCUGAGCCGACAGAAAGCCACAUAUGGUGGUUUGAUAGAUGACAGUCAGAGAAUGAUAUCACCUGCAAUUGUCAUUGAUGUCAAACCUGGAGACCCUUUAAUGGAAGAAGAGAUUUUCGGCCCCAUUCUUCCCUUAGUACCAGUUAAUGGUCCAGAAGAAGCUGUAGAGAUUAUUAACAACCGUGAGAAGCCCCUGACUUUAUAUAUAUUCAGUCACAACAAAAGACUAGUCCAACAUUUCCUGUCAGAAACCUCAAGUGGAGGUGUAUGCAUUAAUGAUACCAUGACACAUGUGGCUCUUGAGAGUCUUCCUUUUGGUGGAGUUGGAGAAAGCGGAAUGGGCCAUUACCAUGGCAAGUUCUCCUUUGACACAUUCAGCCAUCAUCGAUCAGUGAUGUGGAAGUCAUUGGCUUUAGAAUCUGUCAACUCAAUUCGAUAUCCACCUUAUACGGAAAAGAACCUCAGGAAGUUGCAGUGGUUAAUGAAGAAAACUUUGAAACGUGGUGGGGUCCUCUCUUUUCUGCCUUUUAUCAUUCUGGGAGUAUUCCUUCUAAUCUGCAGCCUGGAUGCUGAUUCUUAUUUUUAG